AUGUCGAAGAGGACUUUCAUCCCAAAAUGGAAUCCGUAUCCAAAAUCCCGACCGAUAUCAGUCAAAAAUCGUGGUCGUCCUCGCGACGAUGAGAUCCGUUCAAGAAGACAAGCUCCAGUAGAGACGAAAGACAGCGGGGAGAUUCGUUGGUUUGGAGAUCCGUCACAAACGAAGCCACCUCCUCGAAUCACUGGAGGCAGAGUGACUCAACGGGUUGGAUUAUUUCGGAACGCUAAACAAUCUCAAAUAGUCGUCAACGAGAUCUCAUCUGCUGUGAGGAAAAAGACGAAUAAACAGAUCGGACGUCUGGUUGCUCCUGAUAAGGACGUUCCUUGUUCAAAUGGCACCUACGCUGACGAUUCAGCCUUCGAUGUCCCAUACGGACCGAACGAUGGAUUUCGUGAGACCAGAUGCAAUUCACACAAUGAUGAUGUAGACGAUCAUGGCAGAGUAAGGCAGAAAAAGAAAGAAAAGUCGCCUAACAGAUUAAGCUGUGACAACGACUACGGCUUCCGGCAAAACAGUAAACGGAAGGUAAAAAGUGUUGCGAAUAAACAUCUCCAUGAUGAGAUUGCUUGGAAACAUGACUAUAAUGCUGCUCGUGCGCCGUCCAAAAGUUCCAAAUGGAGGGUUCGUGCGGAGCCGAAUGAUUCGAGCGAUGUUGACGAACUCAACUCAUCCUACGAAGCUGCUAGAUCGCCAGUACUCGGGGUGAAGCUUCAUCCGUUUUCUUUUGAUAUAGAACCAAGAAACAUGCCUUCGCUCUCCGGCGUUGCUGCACGCGUUCUGUCGGCUUUGCCAACCCUCUAUCUUCGAGACGAUCAUCACGAAACCUACGAUAGCUUAGCUCUACGUUUAGUCGGAGAAUGUAUCAAAAAUAGGGAAUCGAAUCAAGGAACAGCUCCUAAUGUUUUUCGCUCAUUCCUGGAUAGUACUAGUAGAAUUGUGGCUGAAGAAAAUUCCUCUCAACCUGAUGAUGAUGGUUGCGAGGAUAUCUUUCGAGAUGACUCUCCUACAGAAAAGCUUUUCAAUCAGACUGUGGCCGAAUGGAAUGCAGAUAAAAGCUUAGCCUCUCCGCUACGAACUAACAAGAAUGCCACAUAUGCUUCAUCGAUGAUGACACCCUCAUCUAUGAAUUCGUCGAUAAAUCAUUUGGGAGGGCCGCCCUUUUCUUUCGAUGAAAAAUGGGAAUUUUCUCCACCUGCUACAGAGCAGGAUAACUUCCCGUUUUCAAGAGACUCAUCUCGCGCAAGUUCGCACAGUAGUGAUGAAUCAGUGGACGUCGACGUUAAUGAAACAUUCGAAUGGACAAUACCACCCGCAAAGAGUGACAUAUUCGACUUGAUAAAUGACAAGUAA